GCCGGAAGUAGGUUUGUGGUGGACGUGUUCAGGGGAACCGGGAGCCGGCGGGACCAGAGCAAUGGAGUCGCUGUACCAGCAGACCCACAAGCAGGUCCAUGAGAUCCAGUCUCACAUGGGACGCCUGGAGACGUCAGACAAGGAGUCUUUGCACCUAGUAGAAAAUGAAAUCCAAGCAAGGAUAGACCAGAUAUUCAGCAGCCUGGAACGCCUGGAGAUUUUGUCAAGCAAAGAACCCCCUAAUAAGCGCCAGAAUGCCAAACUCCGUGUCGACCAGUUAAAGUAUGACGUCCAGCACCUGCAGACUGCACUUAGGAAUUUCCAGCAUCGGCGAUAUACAAGGGAGCAGCAGGAGAGGCAGAGAGAAGAACUUCUGGCAAGAACCUUCACCACAAAUGACUCUGAUACCACCAUACCCAUGGAUGAAUCACUGCAGUUUAAUUCUUCCCUCCAGAAAGUUCACCACGGCAUGGAUGACCUCAUUGGAGGCGGGCACAGUAUUCUGGAGGGACUGAGGGCACAGAGAAUGACCCUGAAGGGUACUCAGAAGAAGAUCCUGGAUAUUGCUAACAUGCUGGGGUUAUCCAACACUGUCAUGCGCCUUAUUGAGAAGCGGGCCUUUCAAGACAAGUACUUCAUGAUAGGUGGGAUGCUACUCACCUGUGUGAUCAUGUUUCUGGUGGUGCAGUAUUUGACAUGAGCAAGCAGAGCCCAGUGACUGGAAAGUGUUUCCAUCUUGUGUGCAUGCAUGUGUGCAUGUGUGCGUGUGUGCAUGCAUGCGUGUGUGUGUGUGUGUGUGUGUGUGUGUGUGUGUGUGUGAGAGAGAGAGAGAGAGAGAGAGAGAGCGCGCGCCUGCCUUUUGAAAUAUACUGCCUAUCGUAACUGUGAAUGCCACUUUAGACUAAUUUUCAUCUAUAACCCAACGGGAAUUUCAAAACAACUCUUGUUUUCUUUAACCCCCUUAGAGGGGAAAGCCAAGACCACUCAAGAAGCUUUGUUCUUGGGAACCAAGUGACCUCGCCCACCCUGAUCUGGGGGAGGAAAAGAAAAAGUGAAAUGCCUUAGAUGAUUUUGCCCACACAGCCUGUGUUUUAUAUCUGAAGAAUCUGAAGACAUUAACCUUGGUGACAAGAAGACUCAAACACUUGUGGUAGUAGACCAUAGUGAUGGAGUGAGGGGGCACUGAACAGAUUGGAACAGGUACCUCUCCAAAAGUCAAUAAGGGAAAAAUUAGAUAUCCAUUUCUUACAGCAGUGACAAGAAGAUUAGUGUACCUGCUUUUUGCAAUUAUUGUACCCCUUCACCCCCCCUUCCCCCCAAAAAAAUAGGUGUACAGAUUGAACCUACCCAGCUCACAGGGCAGCCUAGUGCUUUUUAACAUUCCCCCUGGAGCCAUUAACCAUCAACACAGGAAGAAGAGAAAAAAUGAAGACACUGUUAACAAUGAGUUAAUUAUUACACGUUAGUGUUUUCCUUUUUAAUGUUAUUUGAUACUGUUUGGAUUUAAGACUGUAGGUUUUAAUAUUUUGGUGUAUAUAUAUAUAUAUAAAAUAGAAUGGGUUUUGCUUCACUCAGUUCUUGAGGUUCACAAAGUGUAGCUCACAUGGAAAGCAUUCUGCCACAAUUCUCCCUUCCAUUUUCUCUUAUUCUUGAGCCACAGAAGUGGGAUUUGAAGGCAAAAUCUGAGCAUAGAACAAUAAUUUACCCAUUUCAGGUUACCUCUGGUCUUGUAGCAGCUUCAAUUCACCUAGAAUCUUCUUCCCCAAAACAUCUUAAUAGCUGCCAGUGGCUCUGAAUCUCUUUGUAUUACCCACUGGAGGGUGGAAAUCAAAAGGUUUGUCUUAAGCCCCAACUAAGGGGAUUUAUUAUUGGAAAUAAGAGUUCUGUGGCAUAGAUUUCCCCUCAGAGGUAGCUAGCCUCUUCCAAGGCCACAUAGCCUUAUAGCAAGGCUCUAAAGUACUCUUAAUACAUUUUCCUUUAACUAUAUCUUUGUCAAUCCCCUUCCUACUGCUUCCUGUACUACUUAGCUGUCUCUUGAGCUGCCUCCUCUGUUUAUUUUUCUCCUUCCUUUCUGUUCAGUUCCCUUCCCCUUAUUUUGUCCUCUGCUUGCUUCUGUAAAUAUAUCUUCCUCUUCUUAAUACAUGGGACUACCCUUGUGAAAACCAAUAGUUUUUCAUUGAUACAGAUUUUUAACACUGCAAUGGGGGUCAUGCAUAGGCCGAAUACUAGGUUGUACACCUGUUUUGACAAAUGGAGUUUCUGAUGAUCUAUGCCAGGAAUUCCUCAGUUUCUAAAGGAGAGAAAUGGCUCUUCAGUUUGGUUUUGGGGAUCUAGCUGAAAAAAAUGGAAAUAAUACUUCAGACAGUAGAUGUUGGUAAGCUCCUUAGAAUUGAAGGCUUUUGCCAGUCUAUAGAGGGACUCUUUAAAAUGCACAGAUUCCAGAGUCCAAGGUCUUUUAGAAACCCUAUCCUCUGAAUAUGCUGAAAUCACUAGGCUACUUUGAUGAAAAUUUUGGUUUAUGGUAUAGAGGUAUGGGCCCUUCCUGGGCAUGGAAUCUGGCAGUAUCAGAAACCCCCAGGUCUUAACACUUUGUAAUUGCAGUGAUAUGCUUCUGCACCAUUAGGUUUGCUUACAGUUUGUGACCUGACAGUCCAGAAGUGGGUGGGUGUGACUUGAGGGGCACAGUAACCAUCCAUAACCAUUUCUGUCUACUCUAUAAUAAAGCAAUACUGAGGGAGGAAUAUCUUCACUUUCAAGAGCUAUAGCUACCAUAUUAACUGGGAUGCAUUGUAUCUUGAGUCCACCCCUCUCUACCCCUUAACUACCUCUGAAAAGCUAGUAUGAUGAUUUUCCUUUAUACCAACCAGCAGCACUGUCUGAAAUACCAGUGGAUCUGUUAUUGUGAGCCUAGACCCUUUGCUGGGGAUAGAGCACCCUCUAGUGGAACAGAAACAAUUCUGCUUUGGGAACUAUCAACCGAAGAAGGCUCUCUCUUGACUUAUACUGAAAUUUUGUGAUAUCAGUUAUUGUUUCAAAUAAGUGGAAUGUCAGAAAGGAACUUGGACGUGUUUUUUGAUAUACUUGCCAUCAUACAUUAUACUUGGUAUAAUGCUUUUUGUUGUAUGUCAGGUAUACCUCUACUUCUAAGAAAAUCCAAACUUUAAAAUAAAAAAAGUGGAGGGAACAAUGGGGAAUUAUUGGCCUGAUAAAUGGAUUCUUUGCUUUACAAAAAUGAUUCUCUAAGACUCAGAAGACCUGAGUUCUAGACCUGGUUUUGCCAUUAAUUAGCUGUGUAUUGACUUUGACCUUUCUGAACUUCAGUUUACUCUUGUAUAAUGAGUUUGGCCUAGAUCUCUAAGGACCCUUAAAACUGUAGAAUUCUCUGGUUCUUUGAAAUGGCUUGUUCUGUUAAUGAAUUUAAAAUACAUUUGUUUCACGAGAGGGUUGGAGCAGAUGAUCAGGCAGGGGGGUACAAGCCAUAUGUGAUAUUCUGUGGUUUCAGAUUUGGUUUGCAAACAUUGGAUUUAUACCCAAUAUGUCAACUGAAUAAAAUGAGAUAUAACUAAAAA